GAAGUGCGGUCUCUCUUGGUGCACUUUGCAGUAAGUUGCAGGCGGCUGUUGCUGGCGUGGCGGUUGCUGGUCACGGGGAACUUCAACACGCUGGAUCCCAAAGUCCGUCUCUCGUACCCGCGCAGUUCGGAGCUGCUAUGGAUCUUUCGCCCGGAUUUACCAUUUUAAUAAUGUUGCCGGCCUUUCUGCAAACGAGCGGUCUCUUUAUCUCCAGUAGCAUAGAUUCCCUGCAGCAUAAGCUUGGGGACUAUGGACUGGUGAGGCCAAUGCUCACGGAUGCAGAGGGCCGCUUCCUCGCGCAUGGCGUCUCAUCUAGCCAUGUGAGUGGGGGGCAGUUCCGUAGGCGCUGGCGCAGAGAGGCGGGUUUGGCCAGUGACACCCAUGACCUGGGCGGGCAAGAGAUGAGCGGUCACAGCAACAGCAACAGCGGCGACCAGGAGCGUCUCUACUACAACGUGACCAUCUUCGGCCGGGAGUUACACCUGCGUCUGAGACUCAACUCACGACUGGUGGCUCCCGGAGCCAAGAUGGAGUGGCAGAGCGACGAGAAGGAGGGGACGGUGCAGGGCCAGGGCUCACACACGAAGCCUCUGCACACCAGCUGUCUCUACGUGGGAGACAUCGUCGGCUCGCGGGGUGCUGCUGUGGCCAUAAGCAACUGUGACGGCCUGGCGGGAAUGAUCAGGACAGAACAUGAGGAGUUCUUUAUUGAGCCGCUGGAGAAAGGACAGCACAUCAUCCAGCAGGAGGAGAAAGGGGGUGGACGGGAACACAUCGUAUAUCGCACAUCGGCCGUAAAGAAGCCUCAUGUUAGUCCACAAGCUGCCGACUAUCGCACCAGAGGUGCAGAUCUGGAUGGUCUGAUGGACCUGGAGACGCUGUAUCGCGGAGUGGAGCAAAAUCUAAACCACAGCCGCAGGGUGCGCAGGCAAGCACAGGACGGAGACUACAAUAUUGAGGUCAUGCUUGGAGUGGACAACUCAGUGGAGCAGUUCCAUGGUCAUGAGCACGUCCAGAUGUAUCUGCUCACGCUCAUGAAUAUUGUGAAUGAAAUUUACCAUGACGAUUCUCUUGGGGCCCAGAUCAACGUGGUUCUGGUCCGUAUCAUCAUGCUGGGGCCUGAGAAGUCUGCACAGCUGAUAGUAAAAGGAAAUCCAUCAAUGAGUCUGCAGAACGUGUGCCGCUGGGCAUUCCUACAGCAGAAGAGCAGCACAGAUGACACGGAGUACCACGACCAUGCCAUCUUCCUUACACGCCAAGAGUUUGGCCCCACGGGCAUGCAGGGUUAUGCCCCUGUGACGGGCAUGUGUCACCCAGUGCGGAGCUGCACUCUGAACCAUGAAGACGGCUUCUCCUCCGCGUUUGUGGUGGCCCAUGAGACUGGACAUGUGCUGGGGAUGGAGCACGAUGGCCAGGGGAACCGCUGCGGUGACGAGGUGCCUUUGGGCAGCAUCAUGGCCCCUCUGGUGCAGGCCGCCUUCCAUCGCUUCCAGUGGUCCCGCUGCAGCAAGCACGAGCUGAACCGCUACCUGCACUCGUAUGACUGUCUCCGUGACGACCCAUUCAACCAUGAGUGGCCAUCGAUUCCAUCCCUGCCUGGUUUACAUUACUCUAUGAACCAGCAGUGCCGCUUUGACUUUGGAGCCGGCUACAUGAUGUGCACAGCGCUGCAAAAGGUGGGACAGUCAGGAAACCAGUACCGGCCAUUUGACCCGUGCAAACAACUGUGGUGCAGUCAUCCUGACAACCCUUUCUUCUGCAAAACCAAAAAAGGCCCACCCAUCGAUGGGACGAUGUGUGGAGAUGGCUUGCACUGUUUUAAAGGCCACUGCGUGAUGCUGAGCCCAGACCUCAUCAGGCAGGAUGGUCAGUGGAGCUCCUGGAGUCCAUGGGGCCAGUGCUCGCGCUCCUGUGGGGGAGGUGUCCGCUUCCGCACGCGCCACUGCAACAAUCCUCACCCUGCCAAUGGUGGCCGCAUGUGCGAGGGCCUGACGUAUCAGUUUGAGCUGUGCAGCCGUGAGGAGUGCGAGGGGCCCUACCAGGACUUCAGGGAGAAGCAGUGCCUCAUGUGGGCCUACACCCUCGACGACCAGAAUGCCAAGCACCACUGGCUGCCUUACGAGCACAGAGACCCUAAGCAGCGCUGCCAGUUGCACUGCCAGUCCAAGGAGACGCGACACGUGGUCAGUAUGAAGCCCAUGGUGGAGGACGGAACACGCUGCUCUUACAAAGACCCCUACAGUGUGUGUGUGCGUGGCAGCUGUGAGAAAGUGGGCUGUGAUGGAGUGGUUGGCUCCAUGCAACAAGAGGACAACUGUGGAGUGUGUGGGGGUGACAGCUCCAGCUGCCAUGUCAGAAAGGACAACGUCACACACUACCCCAAGAAACCAGGUUACCUGAGAGUACUUGAAAUCCCACGUGGGGCCAGACAUCUACUCGUCCAAAUUCCCAAGGGAGCCCCACAUGCCUUAGUGGUGAAGAACAAAGCAAAUGGCCAGUUCUUCCUGAAUGCAGACAGGAAAUUCCCAGAAUUCACUUCUGUGAUUGAGAAGGGUGUGGAAUGGGAGUAUGAGAAGGACAAAGACAAAGAGACACUUCAGACUACUGGCCCUCUAAGACAUGACACAGUCAUUAUGAUUCAUACCAAUGGUGAAACAAAAAUCACCCUGUCCUACAAGUUCAUCAUCAAAAAUGAGUCUCCCUCAGCCAACGAAAACAACAUCCCUCUGGAUGAUGCUGUUUUAUACAAGUGGGUGCUGGAAGGCUGGUCACCAUGCAGCAAGCCGUGUGGAAGAGGUCAGCAACAUCCACUAUAUGCCUGUAUGAAAACCACAGACUCAGUGAAGGUGGAAAAUCGUCACUGUGCUCACAUGAAGAAACCAUCGACAGAGAGUAAAUACUGCAACAUGAAGGAGUGUCCACUACCCAUCUGGGAUGUUGGACCCUGGGAGCCAUGCAGUGAGACCUGUGGGAAGCUGGGCUACAGGACCCGGACAGUCUCCUGCUACAAGCUCCUCGAAGAUGGCACCAAGCGCAAGAUUCGCAACAAAUACUGCAAUGACAACCGGCCAGAUUCUCGCCAGCCCUGUAACAGACACCCCUGUCCACACUGGAAAGUUGGACCCUGGUCUGAGUGUUCUGUCACAUGCGGUAGUGGGAGUCAAGAGCGGCAAGUGCAGUGUCGCAACCGUGCCACUACUAUCACUGGAUCAUGCCUUGAGGACAGCAAGCCUGCGACAGUGCAGACGUGCCUGAUGUCUCCCUGUCAGAGUAAUUUCUUGAUCCAGUGGCUGUCGAAGCCUAACACUCGCGACCCUGCCCCAAAGAUUUCCUCAAGGCAGAAGUGUCAGAAGGACAGGUCCGUGUUUUGCCGUAUGGAGGUUCUACGCCAGUACUGUAACCUGCCUGGAUACCUGCGCUUGUGCUGCAGCUCUUGUGCCGCCAACACCACAACUCCUGAUCAAUCUAAACCAACCACACGUUCAAGCCACACCACACAGCAUACGACUACCACCACCACAGUCCAGUCAACCCACAGUUAUAGUACAACCCCUUUUAUCACGAGCCAGACAAACACCACCUUUACUAGUGCAGCUGAGACCAGUAAACAUCAUACCACUGCCAGCACAUCUUUCACUGGCCCCAGCAACCUCCCCACUCAGACAAGUGCUCCCCCCACUCAGACAAGUGCUCCCCAUGUCACCGCAUCCAGUAAUGGCACAUCAGAGAACAGCAUCAUUGAAUACAGGGAGAAUCUUGUCACUGCCACUACCUGGCUUGAUUAUACUCCAACAGAGGGUCCAACAGACGUAAUAGAUGACUCUUUGAUAACCAGCAGUUCAGUUACAGUUGACGAUUCCACACUCAGAAUCACUGUCAGUGAAGAUGAUGCCAUGGAUUUGACCACAUCUGGUUGGCUAGAAGUCACUGAUCACUUACUUCAGAGUGUGACCACUCCAUCAACACCUGCAGACUACAGCAAACAGGAGACUGAGACCUCAACCAUGACAACAACAACAAUGACAACAACAACUUCACCAGUGACAUCCAUCACUUCAACUAGCACGCUAGCCACACAGCCUGAGGUAACAAGUGAGGGUAACGCCAUCAAUAUUCCCUUCCGGAUCAUCGGGGUAGACAGUGAUGCCCCCCUGAAUAAUGUCAUUUCCCAACGUGGCCGUGUGUUCCUACGAGAACGAACAAGAAACAAGCGCAUCCAGGAACUCCUUGAGGAGAAACGGAACUUCCUCUUGCGCCUGAAACGAGAGCAGACUGCCUGAUGUCCACAUACAGGUUAUCUGUCAACAGAACGCUGCACAAAUCUUUCCCCAGAUUGAAGUUAUUGAUUUAAUCCCACUGCUGUUCUUGGUACGUCAACUAUACAAAUAUGGUACUUGUGCUUCCUCAGCCCCUAACAGUGUAGAGGAUGGCAAACUGAACUUUGUGGAAUAAAGAAACCACUGGCACAUGUUUGCACAGUUGCUUUGAAUGGAAAAAGCUUUACUCACGACAUUUGUUUUAGCUUUAACAUUCAAAACAAUUUAUGACAUUUUCUAAAUAUUGGCGAUAUCCUUCUAAAGAGAAAGAAAAAUCCCUGUUUUUUUUUUUCAAAUAUCCAAACAGGUUGAGGCACAUAUGUUUUCCGUAUCUCUAUUUCGGUCAGUUCAAUUUAGAUAGAUAGAUAGAUAGAUAGAUACUUUAUUGAUCCCCAGGGGAAAUUCAAGAAUUUCAUUCCAAUCCAUUUUAUUUAUUUUUGUAACACCAUUAACAAUAUAGAUUGGGUAGCGCAUUACAGAGGCCAAGACCAUUAAGUCAUUCAACUUAGGCAGACUGUAGCUUUCCAAAUGAAAUUUCACAAUUGCAGCUUAUCACAAAAUCUAAUUAUGCUUAGAGGUAGUGUCGCCAUAGACUGCAGUCUGUUUUAUUAUCGCAAUAAACAGUACCGUGAUAGCUGCAACAGUAUUUACCAUUCAUUGCUGCUGUAUUUUGUUGUUUCUUGCUGUACAGAUACAUGCAAGCGAAGUGAAAUUCAGUGUCCCAUUAAUAUCAGUUAGAAGUAGGUGUUGGUGACAUAGUUGAGCAGGUUGGGUGGAAAAAGUUGGGGGCCGUUUAAUCCAAUAAAGAGUGAAUUUUAAUCAAUCAGGUUGGAAAAUUGCAUUCGAUUAAAGACAGAGUUAGUGAUACUCUAAAGAGAUUCUAUUUGACUCAACAGCCCAAAGAUAGAUCCCUCCCCUCAGUGUUCCAUAGGUUUGUAGGUGAAAAAUAAUGACACCUGUUUCUGAUUGGCUGCAAUGUGGGGGCACACUCUGUGUUUGUUUUCAGUUUACAGAGCCAGGGCUGUGUACUGUAAUAUUUUUUCAGAUACUUCUUGAAUGAGACAAAAAAGUAUAUUGUCUUGUAAUCAUUUACUUGAUUUAUUUGAUAAGGGUUUGGUUGUUGUUGUCCCUGGUACAUUAAUCCAAACAACAACAACACGCCCACACAGAGAGAAGAAAGUGUUGCCUGCAUGUACCUGUAACGUUUGGGUCUGUACUCCCAGUCAUACCCAGCUCUAAUUCCCACAAGUCUGGGAACUCUGCACAUGCAUUGGCCAAUUUCAUUUUCACUUUCUUUGAAAUAUGAAAUGCUAGAUGUCUCACUACAACAACGGCUCUUUGGGACUACUACCAACAAUCAGCGAUUACACAAAUCAAAUAUUGAUUAAUGUGAAGUGUAAUGAUCUCCAGGUCUGUGGCAGAUCAGCAUAAUUGUGGUCACCACGUUUAACAUCCUGAAACAAACUUUAGAGGCCCUCUGUCCUCAUUUAGUAAACUGACUUUUCAAACAAACCAAAUGUCACUGGAUAGCAAAGGGAAAGUGUCUAGUUUCAGACGGGUGAGUGAGAUAUUGGGAUGAAAAAAUAUUUAUGACUAGCAACCUUUUUAUGGAUCCUCCUAAUUUUUAGCAGCCUUUUUACGUGCAAUUUGUUUAAUGUACCUAUUAGAGCUAAAAUACAUGCCACACUGAUAGGUGUCUUAGAUGUCCUAUUUGUGAAAUAUGGCUGUGUGGCAAGGUAAUGCUAAUCAACCUACACCAAAUUGACUUACAGUAAGAAAUAGCAAAAAUUAUAUGACAAAUUGGUCCACCUAGAAACAGAUACUAAAUAAAAAUCAUUAUUUUCUGAUAUGAGGCUGUCCUAUAUGAUACAAUAUCAGGGUUUGUGCAAAGAUAUAUUAGGGGAUCAUACUCUAAUGUUUGAGUAGGGAUUUAUAGCUUUAUGAUACCUGAUUGGCAUCAUCAAGGGUUUUCUAUUAUCACUGUGUUUACUUGGAGUAUUUUCAUCAAUCAGUGCAGUGUUGAAUGAAAACACGUCAUGUCCAAAUCAAUUGGUCUUGUGAUGCACUCACACCUUUUGAUUCCCUUUCUGGCACAAUUGAGUUCCAGGAAAUGCUGGUGCUAUCAUUAAAUGUUGUGUAUUGUCAGAUGCUUAAAAAUGUGUGCUGACUGGACAUUGCUACUUUGGCUGCUCUGUGAUCUAAGACACUUUGUGGGAUAUAAAAAAGUAAUUUGCCUUUAUUCAGGGAAAUGGGAAAUGCCACAGUCUAAUCAUUUAUACAUUGUUUUGUUGUGUGGAAAACAAAACAGCCUGUUUGUCUUUGUUAAUUAACUUGCACCUUAUUGAUAAUAAUGUGCCCAAGAUAUAGAAAAAGGAUAAGGCUAAAAUAAUUAUGUAUGUAUCUUUAUAUUUGGUGGCAUUAUAUUUUUAAUUAUUUUCCAUAUUGUAAAUAUUUUUAAAGCAGGAAAAAAAUCUUCAAAUAAAAAAAAGUAUUUUACUCUUUGCAUCUAUGAGAGGCUUUGAAGAGCAAUUAUUUCAGCCUUAUGGCUGUUUGCCAUGGUUGCAAAAACACAAUGUGUUGUACAGUAUGGAGCAUAUGUACAUAUGGUUGAA